GGGGCGGCUCUUUCUUUUCUACUGCGGGGCCGUGGCGGGAGCGGUUGUGCUCCUUGUCUCUCUGAGCUAUCCAGGUCCAUCCUCGUCGCUUCGGCGACACCCGCACCCGCCGCCGCCAUGACUGAGCAGAUGACCCUUCGUGGCACCCUCAAGGGCCACAACGGAUGGGUUACCCAGAUUGCUACUACUCCCCAGUUCCCGGACAUGAUACUGUCCGCCUCUCGAGACAAGACCAUCAUCAUGUGGAAGCUGACCAGGGAUGAGACCAACUAUGGCAUCCCACAGCGUGCUCUGCGGGGUCACUCCCAUUUUGUUAGUGAUGUGGUCAUCUCCUCUGAUGGCCAGUUUGCCCUCUCUGGCUCCUGGGAUGGAACCCUUCGCCUCUGGGAUCUCACAACGGGCACCACCACACGCCGAUUUGUAGGCCAUACCAAGGAUGUGCUGAGUGUGGCCUUCUCCUCUGACAACCGGCAAAUUGUCUCUGGCUCCCGAGAUAAAACCAUCAAGCUGUGGAACACUCUGGGUGUAUGCAAGUACACCGUCCAGGAUGAGAGCCACUCGGAGUGGGUGUCUUGCGUUCGUUUCUCACCCAACAGCAGCAAUCCCAUCAUCGUGUCCUGUGGCUGGGACAAGCUCGUCAAGGUAUGGAACCUGGCGAACUGCAAGCUGAAGACCAAUCACAUCGGCCACACAGGGUACCUGAACACUGUGACCGUCUCUCCAGAUGGAUCCCUCUGUGCUUCUGGAGGCAAGGAUGGCCAGGCCAUGCUGUGGGACCUCAAUGAAGGCAAGCACCUUUAUACGCUUGAUGGUGGGGAUAUCAUCAACGCCCUGUGCUUCAGCCCCAACCGCUACUGGCUCUGUGCUGCCACGGGCCCCAGCAUCAAGAUCUGGGACUUGGAGGGCAAGAUCAUUGUGGAUGAAUUGAAGCAAGAAGUUAUCAGUACCAGCAGCAAGGCAGAGCCACCCCAGUGCACCUCUCUGGCCUGGUCUGCUGAUGGCCAGACUCUCUUUGCUGGCUACACAGACAACCUGGUGCGAGUGUGGCAGGUGACCAUUGGCACCCGCUAGAGAUAAUGGCAGAGCUUUAGAAAUAAAAAACUGAUUUUCUGA